AACCCGUUGCCAUUAUUAAAUGCCUUUGUCUUGGGUGUAUGUGAUUCGUUCGUCUGCUCAAACCACGUGAUGCAUUCAAAGAAACCGCCCGCGCAAAUCGAAUUUUAGGUUUCGUGUAAGAUGAGGGGCUAAAAAUCUGCCUGUCUCUGCUAGAUUCUGUCCUAGACAAGUCGCUUGGAGAUUUUUACUUAGUUUUUGCUUCGUAAUUGAAUUCGUCGUCUUCGUAUUGCUUAGUGUCAUAAUGAUUGCUAACCGGUACAACGAUAACUGCGUGGAGUAUACCCAGAAGGGUACGCGUUGUUUGAGGAAGGUACCCCUGGCCUUAGGUAUUGAAGGAGAGUGCUGGCAACACCGUCAACAGCCAGCCGAAGUCCAGUGCUCUGCACAUACGGGGCUUCAUGGGAAUGGCAGACGUUGCAGCCGGCGUGGACGUCACUCGCUAGACGAAAACGCCGUUGAACUCUACUGCACGCAACACGUCAACAAGUUGCAUCGCGAGAACGGUCGUGCGGAGGUCGUUUCUGCUAAUCGCCAACAGCAGGAUGAACAGCGUAGGAGGGCGGAGGAGCGUGAGCAACUCCACCCGAGACGUAGGUCGCCGCGUCUGGUAGAGCGAGAGAUCGCAGCUGCCGCUGUUCAGCUCGCCGCAGAGAGGGAGCAACGUCGUGCCGCCAAUCGGGCAAACCAGAACCUGCGGAGGUCGGCCCGGAUUGCCGCGAGGCGAGGCAAUGUGUGAUAAUAGCCUGGACUGAUUCGCAGAAGCAGCAGGGGGGAGACCGAGGGGGGAUACUGGGUCGAACACUGCUGAGGUUCUCGGGACGUAAACGCCUUGCUAUAGGAGUAGUAGGGAGGAAGCCGAGACGGGUAGUGCAUGGUCACUCAAACCAGGCCCGCUGCACUAUCGUGGUCAAGAAAGACUGGGUGUGGUCAGUCGGGGUAGACGCCGGAGGCCAUUCUCUUUCUUUGACCGCCUGUAAAUUAUUUCCAAGAAGAUCAGGCCUCGCCGUGGGACGCGCACACACGUCGUAGGUAUGCAGGUAUUUCAAUGUCUACCUUGUGACAAUAUGUUCCUAUUCACCAGAUCUUAUUACCCCCAUACCUCCUAAUAGGAGGCAUGUAUAUCUAUGAGUUUGACACAUUGGUUACUAAGUUGAGAACUUGUGGAUAUUUGGUCGAAAAUCUUUUUGAAAUAAACAUUAUAUUAUUAUAACAAAGGAUUCAGAAGUUGUCUUCUUUUGUAAGUCUUAGUUAUUGGGUUUCGCAAUCAUCCCUCUCAUAAAAGCAGUUGUACUGAUAAUUUAAAUUGUAUCUUGUUGUAAGAGAUAGACGUGGCAGGAGUUUUCCAAUUACCCAGUUUGUAAUUAGCACGAAAUAUCCACUGAAUAUCUAAACAUGGAGAGACCCAACAUGAUCCUUAAAAUGGAGGGGUCACGUGAAUGCCCUUUAUGUCAAUUUAGAGAUAUACAACUUUACCUGUGUAUCAUGAAAUAUCAUAACGGUACAUGAAAUAAAAUGAAUAUUUAAACAUGAGCAUGUAUGCAGUAGUGCCUCAUUUUGCACAUUUUAAAAACCAAAAACAAAUUUAGACUGCAAUUACAAACUGGCUUGUUAUAGGAUGUGUACCGGUACUUGAGGAAAGAUUGUACUUUCAUGUGGAAUAUCAGAAAAUGCACAAAAGAAUUAGAAAGAAAAGAUUCCAACAACUAAUGAUCUUAUACGAAAAUGGUUUCAAACUAAUAAAAUGAAAUACUAUUUUAAAAAAAGAAAAGAAAAGAUAAGUAAC